AUGGGGGAGACCGGCCGGGGCGGCGCGGACGGCGCCGGCCGGCCGGACAUCGAAGUUGAGUCCGGUCAGGGUGACGCGGCUAGCGCCGCCCGGCCGACUACAGGGGAAGAAACUGGUGGGGACGUGCAGGAGUACCUCGCCAGCCAAGCAGAGGCAGAGGCCCUGGUUCCCGAGCCCCCGAGGGCUGAGAUCGAGAGCGUUGCAGAGGAGGAGACGGCGCUGAGGGCGCCAGGGAUGGAAGGAGCCCCCGUCUCGGAGCCCACCGAGGCCCAGGACGAGGAGCUGAGGCAGAAGGUGGCGGAUGAGUCCGUGGCGAAGGAAGCAGUCCACACCGCACUCACGGCGUCGCAGGUGGAAUUCGCUGAGCUGGAGCAAACCGCCGUGAGCGUGUGCCAAGGGCUCAAGGGGGAGGGUGUCAUCUCGGGAUCCUCCUCAUCUCUUUCACCUCUUUCUCAAUCCGCCACGCUGCUCCUACCGCCGGCAGCCACUCCCGCCCCGACGUCCAGAGCGCCGCCGCCCCAUCACCUGCCCUACAGCCACGCCGCCGCCGGGCAGCCACCGCGGGAGGCUGGGGCCGGGGCACUGCCUGUGCCCAGCCUGCUGCCGGCGAGCGCCCGCAGCCGACCGGCCUCCCGCGCCGAGACCGCCUCCCAUCGAGGGCCGCCUCCCACGGCGAGGACACCUCCGAGCGCCGGCUCCCAUGCUGGGCUGCCUCGCGGCGAGGCCGCCGCACGCGCCGAGGUCAUGACGGCGCUGCUGCUACUACUCCCGCUGCUCGCGCUCACUGCACGCGCUGACGACGAUGGAGACGGUGAUUCCAAGGCCGCGGCGGUGUUGCCGGCAGAGGCGGGGGCUGGGGUGUGGAGGGCGCACCCUGUUCCCGCCGCCGCAGGAUGCUCCGGCCCCGGCGUCCAUAGCUGCGCGCUCGCCUCAGAGGUUUCUGGAGUGGUGAGCAUCUCAGAAUGA